UCAACCCGGUGGCACUUGAGAUAGUUAUCUUGUUAUCAGCGUGCGCUCAUAAAAGUCAAGGGGAAUGCAGUUUUGAAGGGGAGAUUUUCCCGCACCUGAUAGUGGCACUAAAUGGGCGUGAACGAGUCUUGCAACUUAGUUUUAUCAACUCGGUCGGCUUGUUAGACGGCAAACUAUUUAAAGCCAUCCGUAUGAUUGUCGUACAUCACUGUUAGUUGACGGUGGAAUCACGUAGCAAGAUGAACAAGUGUCUACUAGUUGUGGUGGCGGUUCUUCCGCUAGUGUUCGCCGACGUAGUCCCCGUCAAGGAAUGUAAGGCCGGAUCGUUGCCAGUCGCCGUUGAUAUCCAGGGAUGCCAGAAACUGCCGUGCGAAUUGAAACGAGGUGAGGAUGCGGUGGCCUUCGUGGACUUCAGCACCGGAGAAGAGGUGGCCAGGCUGCGACCGGAUGUCUAUGCUACGGCUCUGGGAGUGACGGUGCCCUUCAUUAUGCCACCGGAUCGGCAGGACGCUUGCGAAUGGUUGCAGGGCUCCCGUUGUCCACUGUCGGCUGGGGAAGAUGUGCGGUACGAGCUGAGGUUGCCCGUCGAGAAGGCUUAUCCAGCGUUGGCGGUGGAUGUGGAACUACGGCUGGUCGAUCAGGACGAUCAGAUUGUGAGCUGCUUCAGCGUACAGGCUAAGGUGGUGUGAGAAGUGCGUGCUAUGUUGAUUCAAUAAAUAAGGUUUAUUCUAU